GGGCUCCAUGAACCUUUCUUGCAGUAACGAAUGGGGUGGGUGGGGGUGGGUAGGCAGCGUAGCCACUCUUCUCUGUGUCUAAGUGUUGGGUCCCGCUUUCUCACCCUCCUUGGCUGGUGCCCGCAGACCCCUGCUUUACCUACAGUUACCCUCCUAGCUAGCACCUUGGUGCCAGCUGAUCCCUCCACCUGCAUGUCUGUGCCACACCUGGGUGACUCCUGGGCACACUCUACCCUUCUGAGACUGAGCUGAGGUUUCAUUGGAGGGAGGGAGGAUCAAGGUGCUGGUGAAUACUGGGGGUUCCCCAUUAGAUCAACCUGUACCUCUGCUCUCCCCCACCUCCCCAUCUCCCCCCCUCUCCACCCCAGAGCCAGGACUGGCUGCCUUGCCAGCACCUAGCCUUGGGGGCUCCUAGACAUGGGUACCUGAUGGGAGAGGCAGGCUUUUUUGUUAGUCUUUGUGAAUAACACUAUGGGCUGAUGGCUUCACACCUCAGUUUGUUCAUCCAUUAAGUAGGGGUUCCGCUGAGAAAAUGGGUGUGAAAGUACCCUGGAGACCAGAGUUGGGGGCCUUGGUCCUUGUCCCUCCAUCCCAUGAACCAGGCACCAUCCUCCUUCUAGAGACCUGUGGAACAUCAGCGGCUUCUCUCCCUCCCCAAAAAGGCCCAAGGGCAUUGGCCCCUCCCCCAGCCCAGGGGCAGGAAGGAAGCAGUUACUAAGUUACCAGUCACAGUAAUGUUUAUCUUGGGGGCAGGCUUCCAACCCCCCCACCCCCACCCAUCCCAAACCCUGUGGGGCAGGGUUGCAGGCCUUCUCCAAGGAAGGGUGGGUGUAGCCCUUCCAGUGCCCUCUGGGUGGGGUGUGUAGCUCCAAACUGUGGGUGCCCCCUGCAGACUAUGUUCUGUCACACACACACCCUUGCCCCAACUCAGAGAUGCAUCUCCUGGCAGGUGCAUUUACAGGGAGCAGCAGCAAGCCCCCCUGUGACAAUAAGGAGUCUCCCACAGUCUGUUCCUCCCCUUUCACACCCCCUUAGAGGUAUAAGGAGGGAACUGACAGCCCAGACUCCUAGGCUCCAGAGAGGGCGGGGAGGGGCAGGGAAGAAGGAGAGAAGGACUACCUUGGGGCAGGCAGGGUUUCUUCUCUCUCUGCCCUUGGCACAUGUUGCCUAGCCAUGGGGUCCUUCGACCUGUGGACGGAUUACCUGGGUUUGGCACGUCUGGUGGGGGCUUCACGUGGGGAAGAAGAGCCUGAGACCAGGCUGGACCCCCAGCCAGAACCAGCGCCAGGACCAGGGGAUCAGAGGUCCAGCCAAGAAUCCUCACCAGCUCCUGAACGCUUGUGUUCUUUCUGCAAACACAACGGCGAGUCCAGAGCCAUCUACCAGUCCCACAUGCUCAAGGAUGAGGCAGGUCGGGUGUUGUGCCCCAUCCUUCGAGACUACGUGUGUCCUCAGUGUGGUGCCACUCGUGAUCGCGCCCACACCCGCCGCUUCUGCCCGCUCACCGGCCAAGGCUACACCUCUGUCUACAGCUACACCACCCGCAACUCCGCUGGCAAGAGGCUGGCCCGGCCUGACAAGGCGAGGACACAGGACUCCGGUCACCGCCGAGGAGGAGCAGGAGGAGCCAGUGCAGGUUCCAAAGGUGCGGGGAAAUCGUCUGGACCUUCGCCUUCGUCCUGCCGCCCGUCCACUUCCUUCUAGGAGGCAGCUGCGGGGAGGAGGGGGUGCUGCCUUCUCCCGGGCCUGGGGACCCUGACUCCGUGGAAGCCGGAUUUCGGGGAAGACGCACCCGGCAAGGACCACCCCUGGACACUUCCCCAGGCCUGCGGCUUGAGUGAGGGAGCAGGGUCUGGGAGCACAGCCAGAAGAGCCCCGUGGGGUCCUUGGACACCCCUGCCCACCCUCCUCAGCACUGGGCACCUAGUCAGCGCUCAAUAAAUGCUAUGAAUGGA